UUGGUUCUGAAAAGAUGGCGGACUCUUGUUUUUAAGAUCGGUCACACGGGAUUACGAUAGUUUUGAAAUGCACUGGGAAAAUUGACAUGUUAUACGUGUGAUAUUGCCGAGUGCAUAAGAAUAUCGUUACAGCGGAUUUACUUACCGAAUCGAAGAAGGUUCUUUGAGCAUCGCGAGUGACGCGAAAGCGGUGCCUUCAGCGUGCGGAUCAUAUGAACAAGGAUUCAAGUGAUUUUCAAGAUUUCUGUUGUUUUCUGUGCGAAACACUGUUCGGGAAGCUGAAGAACAAUAUCGUUAUCGACGAGUAAAAUGGUUUGACUCCAAUGAACGUUUACGAUGUUUAAGAUGCCGAUAACUGAUGCAUCACCAACAGUUACUUGGUUAGGUUGAUUGAAUAGGUAGACGUUAUACCUAUGAUACCUGAACAACGUUCCACGUGUUCCUCUCGGUGGUUCACGUUAAAACGUGAUAUUGUAACGAGUUCAUAGACAAUCUGUUAAAUGUAUUGUUCCAAUUUAUAAUGGCGAAUAGUGAGUUUGACGUGGAGCUCUUUGAGCGAAGACUCCACACGUUGAAGGAUUCACAGGAGUCUAUUCAAGGUCUCUCUGCCUGGUGUCUAGAAAGGCGGCAACACCAUAAAAAGAUCGUUGCUACCUGGUUGCAAGUUCUAAAGAAAGUAAAAGUUGAGCAUCGUUUGACACUCUUUUAUCUGGCAAACGAUGUUAUUCAAUAUUCCAAGAGGAAAAAUUUUGAGUUUGUGGAGUCGUGGGGGACGACUCUGCAACGAGCAACAACCAUGGUCAGGGAUGAAAAAGUGAAGCACAGAAUAUUAAGGAUAUUUAAAAUUUGGGAUCAACGACAAGUAUACGAUGAGGAGUUUCUUGCAGACUUGUCCGGAUUGAUUUCAGCAGCUCCAAAAAAGAAAUUAGAUCCUCAACCAACAGCACCACCAGAAGAGUUUCAAGCUGCCCUACUUAUUUCUACAAUGAGAUCAUGUGCUACAUUGGAGCAAGCAACAGAUGCAAGAUUACGAGACUUAAGGGAUAGUAAUAUAGAUAUAGAAAAUGCAGAAGAAUUGUGUGCUUCUUUAAAAGAUAGAAGAAGGGUUGAAGAUGCUGAAAAAGAAGUUGAUUCUGCUGUAAGGAAUGUUGAAAAUUAUGUUCGUGCAUUGGAAGCAGAGAUAAGAGAAAGGACACAAGUUCUUGAGUUACUAGAACAAGCAGAUCAGUUUUAUGAAACUCAGAGGGGUGAAGUCAAAAUAGUUACCAAUGCAUACAGAAAUUUUGGAAGCCGUGUUAAAAAUUUAAAGAAAAAGUUGGAUGAACUUUUACCAACAUUAGUUUCCCCAAUUCCAUCACCAGACAUUAAUGCUCCAUCUCCAAGCCCCGAUAGUGAUAUAGACCUACCAGGAGAUGAAAACCAGACUCAAAAUCAGUUAGGAAUGAUAGAUGUGGCUCCACCAUCUAUGUAUGGAUCAUACUCGCAUGAUUAUGAUCCUGUGCCCGUACCAGCUCCUGAAUUAGGCCAAGGCAAUGAUUCCGGUGAUUUUACAAAUAAUUUUUCGUCUUUUAUAGGAGGGAAUAUGGAUUUUGGUAAUAUGAGAAAUAUAUUUAAUGAAAGAUCGUCGACGCCUACUGGAAUGUCACAACAGUAUAAUGAUUCUUUAGAGGCUAAACCAAUAGAAGUAAUCAAUAUGAGGCCCUCAAAGAAUGAAAGUACCAAUGCAGACUUUAAUAUUUCUAGUUUCUUAAAGACUGUUCUUCCUUCUUCUGAUGGAACUCAAGAUCCUGGUGGAAUCCCAGGUCUUGGUUUAGAUAUUCCCGAGUCCCAAGUAGGGUCGCCACAGCGUACCAAUUAUAGACAUUCACCUGUGUUAGGACAACAUACUGUAACCCCUGUGAUCUCAAGAAUGAUGGGUAGUCAAAAUACGCCUAUGGGUGUAAACAAUUGCCAGAUGACCCAUAGUACUCCACUGCCUGUUCGAAAUUUAUCUGGCGAGUCGCACACUCCCUCCCCAUAUUCCAGUCAAAAUAGUCAAAGUAACAUUACCGUGCCCUUCGACGGUCCUACUAAUAAUAAUACAGUCAACCCUUUACCACCCCCGCCAUUACCACCGCCAAUUUUUCUCGACGAUGAGAAUUGUUAUAAUAAGUUGCCACCCAAGUUCCCUACGUGGACACCCCCGAAUGAAUCGAUCAAGGAAGCAGCCAAAUGGGAGGAAAAGGCGGGUUUCGCUAUAUCUUCAGGAAAGAAUAGCAUGAAUCCUACGUGGCCUGGUGAGUGCGAUGAAAAAACAAAAACUUGGAUGGACGGGGAGUCGGAUAGGUGGGAUCCAAGUAACGAAACCACGUGGGUUAACCCAGUCAGGGGAAAGAGUGAAAUUUUGUCGGAAACACCAGAAUCACCACCUAUGUAUGAGAAAACCGGAUUUACAGACCCAGUAGAGUACGAUGACCCUCAACCACAAGAAUCUCUUCUGAGUACCACUGGGGAUGUAGAUCAUAGGGUGAUACCGAUUCCGAUGACAGUGGAGAACCAACUGCCGUAUCGAUUGAUGAAAGCAGCGGAUGUCGAUCAUCGUAAUUUGAUAAGUUUAACAGGCAGUCCCGCGAAUCACAACGUGAACGAUAGUUCCAUGAGCACGAUACCGAAUAGUAGUACUUUAUGGUCCUCGGGUGACCAGGAUUAUCGGCAACAUAUGCAACCCGGUGAUAUCGUGGAAAGUGUUGAUAUGGAGAUGUCUGACGACGAAACCGACAGUAAGCCAAAAGGGAGGGUACUGGUGGACGUCAGAUCGCAAGACAGAGACAUGAGAAUCGGUAAUCCACCAUCGUCUCAACACAUGGACAUGGAUAUGCGUAUGAUCCCGCUUCCCACUGGGCAAAUGCCAGGUCCACACGGGCCGAUGAUGCAGGACGUACACAUGAUGCAUUCAGGGCCGCCACCGCCUCCACCACCACCGCCGCAAUUUCACCCCAAUCAGACACCGUUUCACCAGGAUCAAGAUUUUCAUCACAAUCCAUCAUCGGAUUUUCAUCCGUCACAGUCGAAUUUUCAUCAAAACAGACCACCGCCUGGUUUCCUGCAGAACCAACAGGAUUUUGGUCAGCAGGAAUUUCAUCAGAUGCAGCAGUCCCAGCCGGACUUUCCUCAGCAGGAUUUUGAGUAUCGGGAUAGUCAUGGCUUGAGACCAAAUCCAGAGUUCCACGGCGAGUCGCAGUUGCGUGGCAGGUAUUCGCAGUCAAGCGAACACCCGCACAGGGACAUGCCGUUUCAUCGGAACGACAGAGGCCGAGGAGGUCGUGGAUUCCCGCGUAACCGACGGGACAGAUACUCCGACGAUCAUAACAAGCAAAGAAAUCUGGCGAACAACCGCAAACCGCGGUCGCUGGAUCAGCACCAGAGGUCGUCACCGGAGAUUCUACCGAACAGUCGGCCUUUGUUGCUUCAACCACCGGACACGGUAGUGAUUCUCGAUGAAGAGGGUAUGCCGAUAGGUCUUCCGGACGAAAAGGACAAUCUGGUAAACGCAGAGCAUGCUCCGGACCAGGACCAGGAAGAUAACCCUCAGUCUCUAUCGCAGGACUGUAGAUCAUCUCACGGUACUCCUAAUUCCCGCGAUUUAGAUCAGUCGUCUUAUCCGGGCGGUCCGAGUCUCGUUCAUGAGCACGAAUCCGAGCCGACGUCCGAGGAGCUGGAGGAUCAACAAUCACUUAGUCAAGUGACGGUCGUGCCCGUCGCAGUGGAUACGAAGGACUCUCAGCACAGCCAGUACGUACCGAUCUCUGAGUACGAGGAACAUGUGGAGUCGGAGCCCACGAUAUCGGAGAAACCCUGCGACACCAGCGAGUCGCCGGAUACCGUUGGUCAGGAGCUCAGCUUCAAUGAGCAACAGGUGCAGCAUAUUGAGCAGAUGGAGGAUCUGGUGAACGUGACGAGCAACGAUCUCAAACGGCCGUCUACGAAUGGCGGCUUCGACGACCAGAACGAUGUGAAUGUCAGCAAAAAGCGGAUGCUGUCGAAUGGGCCGCAGACACCAACUGGAUCCGACUCUGGCCUGAACGGGCCAAUCCCGCAAGCCUCCGGCGAGUCUCAUCUGGGCGUGUACGACUUUGACGGUCCGUUAGGGCCUAACUUCCGACCGCGUCUUGCCGGUCCCGUCCCGUUUCCUCCAUGGAGAGGUGGUCCGCCCCGUGGUCGGGGCUUUAGGGGCGGCCCUAGAGCUCCCUGGAUGGACAGAGGACCCCGUGGCCCUGCAAUUGGUAACUUUAUACCGAGAGGACUGAAACGGGGCGGCCAGUUCAGGGGUAACGGUUUCAGGGGCCGGGGACGAGGCAAUAGCUGGUAGAUCGUUGCUUGCGUAGCGAGCGCGUGUAUCGCCGAGAUCUUAUUAACAGUUUGUAAACCCAGCGGAAAGAAAAAGAGUAACAGUAAGAGUUAGAGCGAGAGAGUGAGAGAGUGUGUGUGAGAGAAAAGAGAGAGACUCUGGAACGACCGUCUUUUUUCUAUUUCUGUACAUACGUUGUUGCGAACCUUUGAAACUCGGCCCGAUUCGGUCCGCGUGAUGUCUCUUUUCUGAUCCUCGUAGGGGUGUCGGAUCCCCCGGACGUAGCGAGAUCUUCCGAAGGAGAGAUCGUCUCGUCCUCGCCGGAAGGUGCUCGCGCAUCUGUGCGAUUAAGUCGCCUAUAUACAUAUAUAAAUAAACUAUAUAAAUACAUAGAUAUAUAAAAAAAGAGGAUGUAUCACACAGAACACGGAAUGGAGCUCGAACUUCACAUAAUACACACGUUCUCCGUUAAGAUCUAGACGCGCCGUCGAAGUGGCUGUGCGCGACGAUCGAUACGUUCGUUUCGGGUCGCUUCGGCGGCGAUCGCGUUACCUUCUAGGAUCGUAUGUAAGUCAAUGAAACCUCUCUGUUUUACGUAUAUAAUGCGUUCAUGAGUACGAUUGAAUAUUUAUCGCCUGGUUGUCAGGACCCGCGAACGUCUCGAUCCUCGAUCAGCGCGGCGCGCACGAAAAAGAAAUGGAAAAAGGAAAAGAAACAGAAUAGACACAAGAUUGAGAAGAGAAAUGGCGGACAGGGGUGAUCCGUUGGAGACGCGUUCGCGGGUUGCUCGUUUCGUCGUUCGCCUCUGCAUCGAUGGACACGCUACGGAUCUUGCCUAUUUUUUCGUCGAGACGAACGUGUCCCCCGUCGUG